AGAUAAGUGGGAUGAAAUUCCAUGUGUUAACUUGUUCUUUAUGUUAUGAAAUGAUGCUGCAGGGCUCUGUUCUCUGCCCCAACUUCCCCUUCCUGCACAGACAUUGAGUUCUGCAGUGUGUGGGAGCGUCACCACCCGCCGCUGCUCAGAGCCACCGAGUGGCCACGGGGACAGCUGGGGGUCUCAGCAUUCCUCCAGCUCCUUGUGCAGCUGGGGAACACUUGGAGAUGUCGCUUAGGGCUGAGUGAGGACAGGGACAGAUCUAUGGCCACCGGUGCACCUGGUGCUGUGGCUGCAGUGCAACCCUGGGCCCGAGAGAGACCCAGAGGUGCAUCGGGGUCUCUGUGCUUCCACCUUGGCUGCUGGGAGGGGCUCCCGCCUCGCUGGGCUCAGUGCUGGAGGCGUUGGGCACGCAGUGUUUAUCAGCCAGCCUGAAGGAAAUCAGCCUUGGUGUUUUCUGCACCGGAGUGACUUUGCUUCCGUCGUUCUGGCAGUGUUUUGCUCACACUUCCUGCCCCCAGAGCUCAGACUGGUGACAUUUCGGUUCUUCCCAGAAGAGCUGACAGGCUGUAACUGCUGUGGCUGCCCAGGACCGGCCCAAUCUCUUUCACCUCACCCACAUCCCACACCUCACACCACUGACAGCUGGAGCAGUGGUUCUGCUGCUGGACACGUGCAGGUAUGUCUGUCACACUGCAGAAUGGGGGUAACGGGGAGACAAACUGAGAGCGACCCACGUCCCCACGUCCAUCCUAGAGCUGCCUGUAAGGGGGGCUGUGGGGAGCAGGGGAGCCCCGCGGGGGUGGGAAGGGCUCUGUCCUCCUGCUUCCCCAGUGCAGUGGGAAACCCUCAGCCCCGAGCAGGAGUUGUCCCAGCAUCCUGCCGUCGCCUUUCUGGGGGCACCAGACGUGCUGAGCACCUCGAGGCGAUAACAGAGCCCUUUUCGCUCUGACUGUGGCUGGAUGUGAGUGCUUUCAGCUGGCAGACAGGGAGGCCACGCUCAGCUCGGCGUUCUGACCACGGACAGACAGACAGACAGACAGACAGACACACACGCUGCGGUUCCACCUCCCGGCAGCGACGCGGUGCCCCUGGGAGCCACGAACCAGAGGCUGCGCAGUGCCUGCGCGGCCGGGAGCGGCGGGGAGGGGUUGUGGGAGGCACGGGAACCGGGGGCUGAAGCGGGGGCCGGAGAGAAGAUGCUCGGCAGCUCGCCCAUGGGCCGGGUCGCAGCCGCUGCGCCCGCAGCGGGCAGAGCGCGGCACGCAGAGCAGCACGUGCUGCCGGCCCUGCCCUGCCCUGCGCUACUGCGGCGGUGCCGGGAGCAGAGCGGUGAGGCCACGGAGCCGUUCGGAAGGGAAACCCAUGCCGGGCUGUCUCAGGUCUGCGGCGGGGAGGUGCGCAGCCGAGGGGUGGCCGCGGGCCGGGCAGGGGUUCUGCUCUGCCCACGGUUCCACCGCCCUCCCGCUGCAGGUGCUAUGAGGGAUGCGCUGCCGGAAGCGCACGCUGCUGGUGCUGGCCCUGUGCCUGCUGCUCGGUCUGUGGCUGUUGUUCCGGGCCUCCGUGUCCGGAACCGGCCUCCCUCCCUCCCUCCCCACCGUCAGCUGCACCGCCAGCUUCAACGCCUCCGCCUGGUUCAGCGCACGCUACGAUGCGGCCGUGGGGCCUCUGCUGACCGGCCCGGCCCACGAGCUCUCCCCGGACGUGGUUCAUUGGUGGCUGACCCUGCAGGGCACCCCCAGCAUCGCCCCGCUCCACGCCAUCAUCCAGAAGCUCUUUGCUGUCCUCCCGGCCCCAAACGGCAGUGUGUGGGAUCCGUCACGCUGCAGGACCUGCGCCGUGGUGGGCAACUCGGGGCGGCUGAAGGGGUCCCGCCAUGGCCCGCAGAUCGAUGCCCACCACUGGGUGCUGAGGAUGAACAGAGCUAAGACAGCAGGCUUUGAGAUGGAUGUCGGUGCGAGGACGACCCAUCACUUCAUGUACCCAGAGAGUGCGAUGAACCUCUGGCCUGGCGUCCACCUUGUCCUCGUCCCCUUUAAGCCACUGGAUCUGAAGUGGGUGACCAGCGCCUUCUCCACGGGAGAGCUCACACACACCUACACAAGAGUGAAGCAGUUCAUCAAAGCUGACAGAAACAAGGUGCUGAUCCUGAGCCCAGCCUUCCUCAAGUACAUCCAUGAGAACUGGACGGAGCACCAUGGCAGGUACCCCUCCACCGGCUUCACAGCGCUGCUCUUCGCCCUGCACGCCUGCCAGCAGGUCUCCGUGUUUGGCUUCGGGGCCGACAGCAAAGGGAACUGGCAUCACUACUGGGAAGAAAACCGCUGGUCUGGAGCCUUCCGCAGGACAAGGGUCCACGAUGCUGAUGUCGAAUUCAGCCUCAUCCAGAGACUGGCAGCUGAAGGCAGAAUAUUAUUCCAUCAAUGACACGCACUCAAGAAACGAGGCCAAGCCGUUAGCACAAGAACCGGCAGCUGCAGCAGCUCUUUAGCUUGCUUCUGCCCCUCGCUGGCCGGGGCAGCCUACGCUUGGUGUGUGUUGUGCUGGUCCCACCAGCUCAGCACGGCGGACAGCAGUGUGUGAAUGGCAGUAGGGCUCUGCUAAGCCUGGGAGGUGCCUGCUGCAGGUCCUGGUCUUCUCCAAAGAGGACACGAAGGGGCAGGAGUGGGGCUAACCCCGUGCUUUCAGAGCCUGAAGCUCAGCUGUAACUGGACGGUGCGCACAGAGCCAGCUGCCAAUGCAGCUGUGAGGGGAUGGAGCUGAGAUUUCCACCCUCUGAUGGCACGUGGGGAGGUUCACUGCUGUUCUUCGGGCAGGCGGAGAGUCUUUACAGAACUAAGGAACAUAUUUUUAUAUUGUACCAAAGGAGAGUAAGAAACGAGAAAAUGAAGUGCGCUGAGUCAGAACGCAGCAGAAGUGAGUACAGCUGAAAUGACAUGCUGAAUAAACUUUGACAGCACAUACA